CCGUAGUGCCAACCUUCCCCUCGAGGUACCAGGCUGGACCACCGCGGCUGCCCGCGCCAAGACUUGGAAAACUACCAUUCCACUCCGCUCAGCGCUCUCCGGCCGAAUGGACCGUCGGUAGGGUGAAGACGGCACAGGCACCGUCGCUCGUCUUCACCCUCCCCCAAGGCAGCUGCAGCCCCAGCUCAAGCAGCGCCUAUAGUUCGGGUCUGCCCCGAGUGUUAUCGCCCUCCCACCGCUACCCCUCGCUCCUCCGCUGCAGAGUGCGGACGCCCCUUAGAACAGCAGACGCCGUCGCCGCCGGCCGCCUCAGCGGGCACCUCUUCCCGCGGAGCCGCCCGCCCGCCCCGUCCCGGGCAGCAGCCCCUGCGGGGCCCGGCCGAGGCAGCUCGGCGGAGCUCGGCGGAGCGCGCCCCGGGGGCGCCCACGGGAGACGCUCCCACCCACGCGUGCCCGGGGCGCUCCCGCCCCUUCGCCUGCCGCCGCCUGGCGCAGCCGCGCGCACUUACACACCGCACACUCACACUCACGCACACUCGCUCAGGCCGCCUGGGCUGCAGAUCGCCGCUCCUCGCCCGCCCCGCCGGUUCGCCUCCGCCAUGGCAAGCCCCGGCUCCGGCUUCUGGCCCUUCGGAGCCGAGGAGAGCUCCGCAGCCGCCGAGGCUCCCGGCACAGCCAGAGCUUGGUGUCAGGUUGCCCAGAAGUUCACGGGAGGGAUCGGAAACAAACUCUGCGCCCUGCUCUACGGCGAUGCCGAGAAGCCCGUGGAAACUGGCGCCAGGGCAGCAGCCCCGGGGGUAGCGGAGCCAAGGCCGACCUGCACCUGCGACAAAAAACCCUGCGGUUGCCAAAAAGCGGAUGUGAAUUACGCCUUUCUGCACUCAACAGAUCUUCUGCCGACAUGCAAUGGAGAAAUAACUACUAUGUCUUUCUUACAAGACGUUGUGGACAUUUUACUUCAGUAUGUGGUGAAAAGUUUUGAUAGAUCAACAAAAGUUAUUGAUUUCCAUUAUCCAAAUGAGCUGCUCCAGGAAUAUAACUGGGAGCUGGCAGACCAGCCACAGACCUUGGAAGAAAUUUUAUUGAACUGCAGAACAACUCUGAAGUAUGCAAUUAAAACAGGGCACCCUAGAUAUUUUAAUCAACUUUCAACUGGAUUGGACAUGGUUGGAUUGGCGGCAGACUGGCUGACAUCAGCAGCAAAUACUAAUAUGUUCACCUAUGAAAUUGCUCCAGUGUUUGUACUUUUGGAAUAUGUCACACUAAGGAAAAUGAGAGAGAUGGUUGGCUGGCCAGGGGGCUGUGGCGAUGGGAUAUUUUCACCUGGUGGUGCCAUAUCUAACAUGUAUGCUAUGUUGAUUGCACGUUUCAAGAUGUUCCCAGAAGUUAAAGAAAAAGGAAUGGCAGCUAUUCCCAGACUGGUUGCCUUCACAUCAGAACAUAGUCACUUUUCUGUGAAGAAAGGAGCUGCGGCUUUGGGUAUUGGUACAGAUAGUGUGAUUUUGAUUAGAUGUGAUGAAAGAGGGAAAAUGAUCCCAUCAGACCUUGAAAGAAGAAUUGUUGAAGCCAAACAGAAAGGAUUUGUUCCUUUUCUGGUGAGUGCCACAGCUGGGACAACAGUGUAUGGGGCGUUUGAUCCUCUCAUAGCUAUUGCGGACAUCUGCAAGAAGUACAAAAUCUGGAUGCAUGUGGAUGGAGCAUGGGGUGGUGGGCUCCUGAUGUCGAGGAAACAUAAAUGGAAGUUAAAUGGCAUUGAAAGAGCUAACUCAGUAACCUGGAACCCUCACAAGAUGAUGGGCGUCCCACUACAGUGUUCAGCCCUGCUAGUAAGAGAAGAGGGAUUGAUGCAGAGUUGCAAUCAAAUGCAUGCUUCCUACCUCUUUCAACAAGACAAGCACUACGACCUGUCUUACGACACGGGAGACAAGGCUUUGCAGUGUGGACGGCAUGUUGAUGUCUUCAAGCUAUGGCUGAUGUGGAGGGCAAAGGGAACCACAGGAUUUGAAGCACAAAUUGAUAAGUGCUUGGAACUUGCUGAAUACCUAUACAAUAAAAUAAAGAACAGAGAAGGGUAUGAAAUGGUAUUUGAUGGAAAGCCUCAGCACACAAAUGUCUGCUUCUGGUACAUACCUCCCAGCUUGCGUGGAAUAGAGGACAGCGAAGAGAGAACGAGCCGCCUGAUGAAGGUGGCACCAGUGAUAAAAGCCAGGAUGAUGGAGUAUGGCACAACCAUGGUGAGCUAUCAGCCCCUGGGAGACAAAGUGAACUUCUUCCGGAUGGUCAUCUCCAACCCUGCAGCCACUCACCAAGACAUUGAUUUCCUGAUUGAUGAAAUAGAGCGCCUGGGACAAGAUUUAUAAUAACUGGGUGUGAAAGUCUGUUCCUGGACCUCUAAGUAGACAAUUAAGUUGUCACAAACUGUGCGAAUGUAUUUGUAGUUUGUUCCAAAGUAAAUCUAUUUCUAUAUUGUGGCGUUGGAAUAGAGUACAGUUUAAAAUCAAGAAACAUGGCUCCUUAAAAGUCCUUUGCUGAGUUUUAGAAUGCCUCCUUAAUAAUUAGCUGCACAAAAAAGCUUUAUUGAAACAAAUAAGGAAGACCAGAAGAUACUUAAAAUUUUACCCCAAAUUUUAACUCAGUAAUUACUUUAAAUUAAAAGCAAUCAGACUGAAUGAUGCCAAAGUUGCCCAAAAUUACGACAAAAUCAGAUUGGGGGAAGUGGGAAGGGGUGGUGAGAUGCAGAAUAUACAUGCUGUAUGUUUAAAAGUGAAAGGAUUUUGCCUUUUUCGUAGUAUUAGAACAGAAUUUCUAAUUUACCUAUAGCAGCAUUUCAAAUGUAUUUAAAUAAGUAUAGUUUUACAAAAGGAAAUAUAUAUAUAUAUAUAAUAAAUCCUAUUUUGUAAACUAUAUAUUUUUAUUUUAUAUGGGUUAUAAAACUGCAAGGACAGAAGCUGAAAAUCAACUGGGAUUCCUUUUCUUUUGAUGGAGGUGCCUCAAAUAAUUAUUAUUGAUUAUUUUAAAAGACAAGCCCACGUGAUACAUUUUUUCUCUAUGUCAUAUGGAUUGUACAUCUCCAGGUUUGGUUACUGAAAAACCUCAAGAGGACUGCAGCUCUUACAACCACUUAAUAAGAUCAAUUACAGUACAACAAUAAGAUGCUAUUAUUCCUAGUUAUGUUUCCCAUGUGGCCUGAGCAGACGCACAAUCAAUAUACAGUGCUAACCAAGACUGAAAUAAGGUUGUGUUUGGAUGGUUUCUGUGUUCUGUGUUUUAAAAGCCUAUUUUAAAAAAAGAAAGGCCAUGUCUGAGUAAUAUUAAUUAAUAAUUUCUUACUUCUAACUAUUUCUGCUCUCAGCAGUCCCAAACUACAUUGAAAACCUCACAGCUCCAUUAGGAAGGUGAAGACUUCUUACAGAUGUACAGGUCUUCAAGACAAGGCCUAAAUUAAAUGUGACUAGUAAUCCAAGUGACAGGAAUGGAGUUGAAGUACAAAGUUUUUGAAAAGGAUUUUCACAGUGCUGGACUCCAUCCUUGUCUACAGUGAAGUCAAGAUAUGGCUACAUCUGCCAAAGAACAACCCCUACAGAGCCUCACAACCCUUUUAGAAACCAUGGGCACAGCUCUUGCAGAAAUUAUUUGCUGCAUCAUUCCUUAGCUUUAGAGGUGUCUCUGGCAUGGAAACUUAAAGUUAUCCUUUCUCCCCCCAACAUCUGGAAGUGUUGGUAAGAGUUCUGCAGCUUAGACCUGUCUACUUAUAACCCUACUAAAGUUUUGGUUUUAACUUUGCCUAAAUGGCCAACUUGUGUUUGUAAAGCAAUAUGGUUUUGCUGUCUCUAAAAUACUUGAAGACAAAAAAUGAAGUGCAAUGUGGGUUUAAUUUCAUCUAAAAUAGAUUAAUGGAGUAUUGAUUCAAUGUAAUAUGAGGACAUGAAGUAAGGAAAUAAAUAGUGUCUGUAAUUGUGUUGCCUUUAUUAUAUUGAUAGUACUGUUUUGUCACCUCAGAUUGAGGCUGUGCACUUUAGAUUUAAACUGUACAAUGUUGCAAAUCAACAUGUGUUGCUGUAUAAGCUUGUACAAUAUAUUAUUGAGAUGUCAUUAUUUGUGUGGUAGUAGUAUUGACUCGAUAUUGUAAGAACUGCAUUCACGCCUGUCCCUCUACUGUAUCUUUGCUUGGUGUUAACCUCUCCUCGUCAGCUUCUGGGCACGCCCCACACCUCACUUCAGUGGAUUUCCAUUGCUACCUGCUAGUGUUUCAAGCCAAGCUGUAGAGGAGAUACCAAUUCUAUCAGGAAGGUCUCAAUGUGACCUCUGCUAAACGUGUCAAAAUCAGCAGAUUAAUCACUGAAAUACUGAGUAGAACAGCAAAUUGUAUUCUUUUUUCUUGCUGGGAAAAAGGCAAGCAAAGAACUUAAAAAGUAAAAAUAGGACAGGGACAAUGAUGAAGGUGAUCAGUAGCCUGGUUACAUCUUGCAUGUGCAAUUACGUUUUAAAGUGCUAAGUGCAAACAGCAUAUUUAUUAGAUGUAUGUGCCAAUCCAAGAUUCACAUUUGGUGUUCCAGGAGAACCAGCAUUUUUUUUUUACACAUUACUGUACUUAUUGCAGCCAGGAAGGAGCGGCAUAGCAAUCUGUUCUUGUGUUUGACCAAAGUAUCUUAUCUGUGGUGUUGAUCUAAAUCCAAAUAAAAGUGUAACAUGUGACUCUGGGUCUUUUCAUUAGCAGCACUGAUGAGCAUUCUAAGUGUUUAUCACUUGUGCCAUUUUGGAGCAAGGCCCCAAUAAAGAGAAUGUUUAAUUGGAA